GUCGAAUCGAGAUCGACGUGAUGGGGGCCCCUGGUCUAUUUCACACUCUGGUCAGGUGGUGGCGGUAAUGCGCCUUUAAGCUGCUUUGCCAACCCCCAAUAAAAAACAAAGAAAGAAAGAAAGAAAUGACAAAUGAAAAGGAGAAGAAGAAAGAAGAUGAAAAAGAAGAACCGUACACUGAGCUGUGGGACAGGAUAGCCCAGUUCCCCCCAUCUCGCGCUUCUUGUAGUAUGAAAGAGACAUCUGGGAUUCAUCCAUUCAUUCUUUGUCCUUUAAAGUGGAAUAUUACAGGUAAGAUGAAGAGAAUAGGUUUUCGGCACAUGACCCCAGUUCAGUAGGAAAAUAAAAAAGUCGCAAUUCCGUAAUGACGGUAUGCCAGCAUGCUGCUUUAGUACAUGUAGUCACUGUUGCCCUCACUGCCACAGCUCACUACAGUACUGUAUGAAGUGGAAAAGACCCAUGUAUCAGAAACGCUCAUCCAGGCGCUUGUCCAAACUGCAAAAGGCCUCUAAGAAAAGCCCCAAGAAAAGUUCACUAUCAGAUGAAGAAGUCGUCCAGCGUCGACUGAAAGGUCAGAGACGGAGGACGGGGCAGAGGAAGGACAAAGGUGCUGGUGAUGCAGCUGAUAAAGAUGAGGGGAUGGUGCGAGACAUCAUCGACAUCAUCAACACCAGCUGCGAUGCAGAGGAGGAGAAUGAAGGAAAGGCAAUAGAGAUAUCCGACACAGGACUGGACGAAUCGGAUGAGGACCGCAUCUCUGAGUGUAGUGUAGCUUCUGGCCCCAACUUCUCGUAUUGUCCCACCCCCAAGAAGCCGAGGCCUUCUCAGAGUCUGUGCUCAGCCUGUCGGAAACUCUAUCAGAAGGCAAAGAGAAUAAAAGCACCAACCAAAAACAAACUCCUCGACAAUGAUCCUAAGUCCCUGACAUGUGACCAGUGGGUCCUCAUCAAAAAGUGGACACCCAAAAGGCUACCCAAUUCAAGAGGGAAAUUGUUGGUCAAGAAGCUUUGGAAGCAAUGGGGGGGAGUGGAAGCAUCGUCUUCAUCCUGCUCAAGGCCGCACGCUUUCCUACAGAGGAACCUCAGACGCCGAGUCAACGUGCCAACAAAAAAGGAGAAGAAGAACCGAAGAAGGAAGAGGGCAAGGGCAGAUUCUGAGGGUCCUCGCGUUGCUAAGCAGCGGCGUCUCCAGAGCAACGAUCACUACCAACACAUCAGUAUUAGUCACUCCUCUCCUGAACAGGAAGCCAUCAGUGUAACAGACAAUGAAGAGAGCGUUGAGUUGAUUCCAUCCUCACUAACCCUGGAAAGGGCUAAACCAAAAGCGGGCACACCCAAGCGGAAAGCACAGAAGAAUCGUGGAUUCAAAAACCUGCUUGAUCAGUUGCGGGGCAACAGCAGUAUGAUCAUCAAAGAAAAACGUUAGAAAAGUGACACGAUUUCUUUAAACCAACAGCUACAACUCAAGGUUUGAGUGGCUGUUGUGGCUUUUACUUUUGAUGUUUUGCUGGUCUUCAUUGACAAGCACCGUUUCUGGUCCGUGUUCAUACGCUGUGUUUCUCGUGAAUUCAAAAAUGGGUUUUAUUUAAAUACUGAAAUUCAUACAGGUCAACUGUGAAUAAAUUAGUUUGUGUUUUAUCUUUAAUUAGUUUACUGCAUUCCUUCAAAAGGGCAAUUUAAGAUUUGAACAAGUAGCCACGUGGCUAUGUGCGAUAAAAAAAAAAAUCUUUUUUGCCUUUUUUGUCCCACAAUGCAAUACACCAAGGAAACGAUGGCACGUUUGUAAUAUAUCCAGAUACAGUCAACAUCAGAAAUGUCAGCCUGGUUGUCACAUAGUGCCCGUCAUUUACCGUUGUAGUUUUAUUUUGGUACCUAGGUGUGAAAACGUAUUCCAUGUGCCAUGCCUUCAAAAGCAAUAAAACACACUAAUGUGUCAUA